CGCGUUUUGACAAAAAAAAUAUUGAACCAAAAAAGAAAAAUGUUUUCCAAUAAAAACGAGUCGUUGUCAUUUCUUGUCCGUUUCCGGAAGAAAAUAUCUUUUAAUCUUCAAGCAGAUAUUUUCGAAUCCAGCGCGCGAAGUUAAAGCCACUCAUUUGUUUCAUCGAUCCUACUUCCUCCUGUGUCACUGCAAUCACUCGCUCGUCCUUUUCUCUAUUUCUUCACCGAUCGAAUCAAUCAGAGAUGGAGCAUGAAUCUAUCACCGCUCGACGCAGGCUCGCUGCCUUCGCCGCUCACUUCCCGGCAACCAGUUACGAUUCCGCCUCCACCGCAUCUCUCGUCCCCUUGAACUGCAGCAGCAGUUUGAACACUGUCAUCCAAAGGUGUGACAACAAAAUCUCUUUUGCCCGGCAAGCAUCAUCUGAACAGGGCUUUUUUAUGAGGCCAGCUUCACCCGAUGAUGUCCUUGAGAACUUAGGUAUGAAUUUGAAGAACACUGUCGUUAGAAGGGGUGACAACAGGCUGUAUUUUGCUCGGCAAGCAUCUUCUGCACAAGGUUUUUUUAUGAGACAGGCUUCGACUAAUGAGAGGACCAUACCACAUGAUGCUGCUGCAUCUACCAAGUUUUCUGCUACCAAAACAACUGGCUUCGAUUCUUCUUCACCUGCGUACGCUGCACCACACUUUUCUAAGCCUGCAAAAGAGGACAUCUUUUUUCCUUCUUUAUCACCAAAUCUGCAAAAGGAAAGGCCUAAGCUUGAUCUUCCUAAGUUAGCCAAUUUAGGUACUGUUUGGUCUCCCAGAUCGAAUGUUGCUGAAUCGACACACAGCUAUGUUGUGGCAAUAGAGCUACCAGGAGCCAGUAUCAAUGAUAUAAGAGUGGAGGUUGACAACACAAACUUGACUGUGACAGGUAGACGCACAUCUAUCUGUCAAAAAGUUGAUGCAGGCACCAAAGCUUCGAUCCUUGGAUAUCAUAAGCAAGAAAUACUACAAGGACCAUUCAAAGUUUCCUGGCCACUCCCCAGCAAUGUGAACAAGGAUAAUGUUUCCGCUGAAUUUAUGGAUGGGAUUCUGAGAAUAGUAAUUCCAAAGCUUUGAGGGUUCAUCGUUCUGAAACCAUAUAUAGAUACGGUAAACAUUGUGUGUGAUAUAGCAGUUUGUGUGGAAAAGAAAAAUAUCAAAUCAUGAAGAAAGUUUGGUCUUUUAUGUAAAAUAGUUUGGUCUUUUAUAUAUCACAGAUUGUAGACAGGCAUUACUCAAAGUGAAGCCAUGUAAACAAUCCAUAAAUAUAUAAAAAUAAAAUCUUCAUUACUACUACC